AUGUACGAUUGUGCGGUCACACUAUUAACAAAAAUGAAUGAAAUUAUUCCAGUAGCAAAAUUAAUGAAAGGAGCUCUACAUGCUAUAGAUAGUUAUCAUAAUAUUCCUAUGAUCAACAAAAUAAAAAACCGUUUUAUUUUGAGAAAAGUUCUGACAAAUCUACAAGAAAAUGAAGAUUUUAACAAAUUGGAAAUNGAUUCCAUCAAAAAUACAUUAUUGAGUAUUGAGGAAAUUCUAAGCAAUAGGAAAUGUGAACUUGAAGAAGAUUUAUCGUUUUGCGAACUAAAACCUUUUGAUUUGAAUUUAUUGUGGAAUUUAUGGAAUAUGGAAUUUGACACACUAAAAUCUCAAGGAAUAUAUCAAGAAUUAUUCAUAUUUCUUAGUGAUAAAAUCAUAAAUUUAAUCCAAACAACAAUUUGGAAAAAGUACAUUGAACUUGGAUUUAAAUUUGAUUUGAAUACAAGCCAGACAUUUUUACCUACUCCACCUACCAAUGACAAUCAAGAUAUCACACAAAAUCCAAUAAAUGUGACACAACAUACUAAUGAGGUAGAUGUGCUAGAAGUGAAUCAUCAACAUGAUAUCACACAAAAUCCAAUAAAUAUGACACAACAUACUAAUGAAGUAGAUGUGCUAGAAGGGAAUCAUCAACAUGAUAUUGCACAAUAUCCCUCUAUUAAUUUGAUUAAGCCUACCAAUGAAUUAGAUAAACAGGAUGGAAUUCAAAAAGGAGAUAUCACACAAAAUCCAAUAAAUGUGACACAACAUACUAAUGAGGUAGAUGUGCUAGAAGUGAAUCAUCAACAUGAUAUUGCACAACUACCCUCUAUUAAUUUGAUUAAGCCUACCAAUGAAUUAGAUAAACAGGAUGGAAUUAAAAAAGGAGAUAUCACACAAAAUCCAAUAAAUAUGACUCAACAUAUUAACGAGGUAGAUUUGCUAGAAGAGUAUCAUCAACAUGAUAUCACACAAAAUCCAAUAAAUGUGACACAACAUACUAAUGAGGUAGAUGAGCUAGUAGUGAAUCAUCAACAUGAUAUUGCACAAUAUCCCUCUAUUAAUUUGAUUAAGCCUACCAAUGAAUUAGAUAAACAGGAUGGAAUUAAAAAAGGAGAUAAUUAUUCUAUAAUAUACUAGAGUACUUUUUGAAAUGCUAUUACGAUUAGAGAGCAAUAUACACACAAUCAUUCUAUAAUUAUAUAUAUAAACAUACUAAUUAAGUAGAUUUGCUAGAAGAGAUUCAACAACAUUGGAAAUUUUCAUGUUACACUACUGUGCAACUGGUUUUGAUUUUAAUGUUGCAAUUGACCUUAAAAAACCUUGUAAUAUUUUUAGAUAUCUUUUUAUUAUCAUGAUGCAACCUACCAAUGAAUUUGAUAAACAGGAUGGAGUUAAAAAAGAA